UGAAUUGCCUUAAUUAGAUUGGUGGAAAAGGUCUCGACAAGUGGCUAAUUUAUUUACAUUUUGAAGAAAGUAAAGAUAUUUAAGUCCUUUUAAUUUCAAUUGAUAAUGUCUGAGAAUGCCAAUUUGCGACAGAAUUUACAAAAUGUACCUUCAAUAUUUGAAAUAAGUGCCGCCGAAACACUGGACUCACUUAUCUAUCCAGCAUUAAGUAAAAUAUUUGAUUACUUGAAUCUCCGUUUGGACUUUAAGCUUUGGAAUACGUAUAGACUACGUGAAGAGUUAUCACCUGUUGUGACCUGGGCGCUCCAGUACUUAUAUUUACGCAAUCGUGGUUCUUCAUUUGGUGAAAUUUUCUACGGAUUGCAACGAACAAAUACCGAAACUGGUGAACUAAUAACAGGCCGUCAACAAGUGAUAUCUGCCAGCAUUCUAACAUUGUUACCAUACUUCGAACGCAAGCUUAAAAACCGCAACGCUCAACAUGAAGACAUAUCAAUUGUGGAGCGACAGGCACUAAACGCUUUGCAUGUAUACCAUGCCACCAAAGCAAUACAUACAUUCCUGUAUCUUAUAAAAUAUGCCACCAGCCACUCGCCUAUUUUUCGAUCCCUCGGUUUGACAUUACGUUACCCUAGUGAAUCACCGAAAGAUGAUACGACUACCUACAUAUUUCUAAAAGUGCUCGAGGUAUUUGCGUUCUUUCUACAAUUCAUUCAAUGGUGGUAUUCGAACGAUCAACGUCGGAAAAUUGGCGGCGCGUUAAAGAAUCCGGUCCCAUUUAAAAGUACAUCUGAAAAGCUGAGAAAAAGCGUUUCAACAAAAGGCAUUUGUCCUAUAUGCCUUAUGACAGUUGGAACGCCUACUGCUUGCAGCGUAUCUGGAUAUGUAUACUGCUGGAAAUGUAUAAUUUCACAUUUAAAAGAACGUUCUUCUUGUCCCGUAACUGGUUACAAAAUAACUUUGGAUGAUUUGAUUCGAAUUUAUGAAUCGUGAGUGAAUAAUUCAUUCCAUAAAUUCGUACAAAAUGUGAUUGAUUAGGUAGAUGCGCUAAAUAUACAUAUACUUCACCUAAGAAUUCCUUAUGAUCUUAACUGGGUUAUUGGUUGGACCCAAUUGACUGAUAUUGUUGGUAUUUCAUUUUCUUGCUUGUUCAUUUGGUUCAAAUAAAUAAAAAUUAAUGUAUUAUAACUCA